CUGCUUCCUGCUAACCUGAAUGCAGAGAAUAGACUCCAAACGAUUGAAGUCGCUGAAGCAAUCUAGCGUUCCUCAACUACAGCCACUAUAGAGCUGACUCGCCUAAAACACCCCCAAUUUGUUUGCUUCCUCGCUUUCUUUUCAUUGCCAUUUUUGCAUAGUACCUGUUUGUCCGUGCACAAAAAAUGCACGGUCGGCCUCGCAAAGCCUUGGAACCAGUCGACGUUGCAGCUUUAACGGCCAAAGCUGAAAAGCUUCGUUUGCUGCAGUCUCAAUUUCUCGCCAAUCACCAUAAUCGCGUAUAUAGUAAGGAAGCUCUAGAGAUAAGCGCUAGGUUGCUGGAGAUUAAUCCUGAAUCAUAUACGGCUUGGAAUUACAGAAAGCUAGCCGUUGAACACCGCGUCUCUCAAUCCGAGUCUAAUCCUGACACUAUCAAAUCCAUUUUCGAUGAGGAACUCAAAGUGGUAGAGAGUGCACUGCGGCAGAAUUUCAAGUCCUAUGGUGCAUGGCAUCAUCGGAAAUGGGUACUAAGCAAGGGUUAUUCAUCAAUGGAUAAUGAAUUACGCCUUCUGGAUCGGUUCCAGAAGGCUGAUCCUCGAAAUUUCCACGCGUGGAAUUACCGAAGAUUCGUUUGUGCACUAAUGAAAAGAUCAGAUGAGGACGAGUUAAAUUACACUGAGCAAAUGAUAGGAACAAACUUUAGCAAUUACUCUGCAUGGCACAACCGUAGUGUUCUUCUGUCUAAUUUGAUGAAAAGAGAGGUUGAAGGAUAUUUCCCUAAAGAGAAAGUUUUAGAGGAGGAGUAUAAUCAGGUCCAGAAUGCUCUCUUCACUGAUCCAGAUGAUCAGAGUGGCUGGUUUUAUCAUCUUUGGCUUAUUGAUCAGACAGUGAAAUCUGAUGCUCCCACACUUGUAUCGUCUUGGCCUUUCCCUGGAUCUCAUAUCACUCUUCAGGGAAAUAAGGGCCUUCAUGGUUAUGGUUCAUCUAUUUUAUAUCCUUCGUUAUUAGAGUCAGGAAUAAUUCCUGUCAUUCUUUAUUUUGAUCAAGCUGUUGAAGGCAUCAACUCAUCCACAGUAGCUGUCAAAACUGAACUAAGUAUAGAUCUUAAUUGGGAACCGCUUUCAACGAACAGUUUAAAUACUGCUCAAGUUUGGGUUAUGCAUCUAAACCUUAGAAAUAUGAAGCUUCAAUUGUCAAAAUCUUACCUCAUUGAAAUCAUCAUUGGACAUUAUGAGGGUAUUGUGUCUUCAAGUGGUUAUCAUUAUGGCCAUCCUUCCCAAAUUUCCUUUAAAUUGUGUGUGCAGACUGCUUUCACAGAACCUGCUGAUCACCAGGGUGGAAAAGUGAUUUCAUGGGAGAAUGAUAAUUUCCAAAAAUAUGAGCAUUUUCAGCAAGCAGAUUUCAUGAUGUCUGAUCAUAUAAUUACUGGCAGUGACAUUAUUCCAGCAACAUCCAAUUGGUGUGCAGAGACUAUUGGUAAUGAAGUAGAUGCAUUUCGAGUUUUAUUGUCUGAGAGUGACUGUAAAAUCGGGAAGCUUACCCUUGCAAGAAUGUUGACUGCUUAUGAUUCAAUAUCAUCUGCUCAUGCUAAAGGAAUGGUUUAUACUGAAGAGAUUCUUGAACUUUAUGCCGACCUUUUGAAGUUUGAUCCAAUGCAUUCUCCUUACUACAAGGAUGAACGUAGCCUGGUAUUACUGAGGCAGGUUCUGCAGAUAACUUCAGCUAGGGAGUCUUUGCUAUUAUACUGCCAUCAUUAUGGAAACAGCACAGAGACUAACGAUGGUUAUGUCUGUCUACGCCUACAAAAUUUAUCAUUGUCACGGAUGGGUUCUGUUGAAUGUUUAUUGUGGGUGCAAAUGCUAGACCUCAGCAACAACGGACUUAGAUCAAUUGAAGGAUUAGAGGCAAUGCAACUUCUUUCUUGCUUAAACUUGGGUCACAAUAACAUUGGCAGUUUUACUGCUCUUGGACCUCUUAGACUGCUGAAGUCACUAAAAGUGCUAGAUAUCUCGUAUAAUGAGAUAGGGUCACGCUCUAUUGACACAACUCGAUACCUAUGCUCUUCUCCACUGUCGCAUACCGAAGAGUAUGAUUGGGAUCUUUUUGAAAGCCUUAGCAGCGACGUCAAUGCCCCAAAUAUUUGGGAAGCUUUCUUGGUAUUUAAAAGCUUGAACUUGAAGCAGUUGGACAUGACAGGAAAUGCUGUUGCUGUUGACAAGUUCAGGUCAUUUCUGGUCAAACUUUUGCCUACACUGAAGUGGCUGGAUGGUGAAGAAUUGCAUUGAUUUCAUUUAUGGAUGUGGUUUUAUCUCUUUUUGGUACAAGAUGUGGUUUUGUCUUUGUUAAACGAUAUGACUAGCCAAUAGCCAUCUGCACACUCGUCCUCGGCGAGGGCCAAUUUCCUGUUUGGUUUCCAGCACAUGCGAAGAAGUUCGAUUCCAUACUA